AUGCAAACAUCAAUCAUGUCGAUCAGACUCCCCUCCACCACCUUCACCGUGCGAGUAUGCAUCCGCAGCAUUCGCCAGUUCUCCUCGUCCGCACCCCACUCGUCCAAAAACCGCAUCUACACGCCGAUCCGCCACCCCGCUGCCUUGCACGAGACUAUCUUGCUGUCAACUUCGUCCCGUACGCCCCUCAUCACAUACUGGUCCGCAGGGUACUGCCCACCCUGCAAGGUCAUAUCGCCAAUCCUCCACCAGAUCAUAUCCUCUGACUCGCCGCCAUGCCCGGCCGAUCCUGCGAACAAGGUUGGCUUCGUCGAGGUUGAGUUCGACGCCCCAGAGAAUAUGGGGAGCAGCCUUGGCAUGGAUUUUAUAAUCUCCUCUCUUCCGACGCUGGUCGUCUUCGAUAGAGGGGAGGUGGUGGAGAGGGAGACGGGUGUGAAGAAUAUGAGUAAUGAGCAGUGGUUGAGGGAGUGGAUUGAGCGGCAAGCUCGGCGGCAUGAACUGGUGGAAGGGUAG